GGCGUUCAUCAUUGUUUGUUAGGGCGUGCAGCUGGCAGGACGUUAAAACGGGAUCCUCCGUGGUGGUGCUGUGUUGUUGCAUCAGAGCCCCUGUCUACUCUAGAGUCGGUCACCGUAACACAGUCCGGAUCUCCGCUGGCUGUCCGGGAGUGUUGGGAGGUCCGCGUUGAAGAACCAGAAUUGUGCGCCAGGAGUUCAGAGGUCUUUAAAGUGAUACACGGUGGUCUGCCUCUAUACUGCAUUAGGGAGUAUCCAUAAAGCCAGCCUCAGACGUAUUCCAGGUGGUUGGCGGUGUGCGGUGGCAAUAAUAAUGUAACGAUACAUUGCAGGACAGGACGGCUUGUGUGGUGAGGUGAAGCGAAGUCUAUAGAUUUGGUGUCACCACCGCGGCAGUAUUAGAAUCAAUUCAUGGAACGGGGUUGGGGUGAGAUAUCGAAUGCAAUCGCGAAUGCGUCGCCGUCCGUUUGACAUAUAUCGAUAAAAUAGUUUGCUGGACGACCGACCGACGACGACCACGACUGGAUACACUUUUUACUCCAUGUACAUCGACGUCGCGUGUGUGUAGUGUAUUCUAAAUACAAUCGAAGUGGAGUAGAGUGUUGUUUGUUGUCUGCAGCAAAGCAGCAGUGGAGUGACGAGUCAUACCGCAAGGCAUUUAGCGCGGUGUUUGUGAAGGAAGUGCUGUUUUCCUUAACCCACGAGCGCUCGCGCUGUUGUAUUUUGUACAACACGUUGAAAAAAUCUCGAUUUUUGUACUCAGCAUUAGCGUGGUGCUGACGCAGGUAGUCAACCGCGCGAGUUACGGAAGGUUAAAUUCAAUUUAUAUGUACGUGCACCAGUGAGGAUAGUGUUGUAGAUACCAGAGAGUGUUCGAAGUCCCAUUCAUCAUUCAUCCUUGUGGAGGUGCAGCAAUAGUUGGCAGUCGUAGCAGACAACAUGAGUGCAAUCAAUAACAGCAGACACCAGAAGCUGGAACAGCAACGCCAGCUCAUGGAGGCCUACAUACGACAGAAACGGGCAACGCCAGGGAUGGUGCAAGCGAGCGAUAUGCAACUGGUGCGGCCCAUGUCGGCGGUGAACAGAAACGGCCGGGAAGUGCACGCCUACGAUGGACCGAUGCAGUUCAUGAUGUCUCCGAACAAUCCGGAUCAGAUUCUCACAUCGACGGGGCUGGUGACGACGACGACGGGGAGCGCCUCCAUUACAACGACACCCACUUCGCCGUACAGUGAUGCACCCCUCGAAAAGCUCACCCCCUCCUCCCAGGACAGCGAAGACGAGGAAAGUACCCCGGUGGACAUUCUGCCGUCGUCGAACAGCUUCGACUCCGCCAUCCGCCACAGUGCCGAACACCUGCUAACGCACUCGGCGCCGAUUUCACCCGCCCUGAUGAACAACAACGGCGGCAGCCAUCACGACAGCAGUAGCGGCAAAAGCGUGGAACAUUCGUCACCGCAAGCCAGUGGCCACAACGACACCGAAGGGGAUGUCAUCGGGCCGGUCGAACAGUGGGUGACGCAACCUGCUCCGCAGGGGGUGCUGUACAAAUGUAGGAUAACGCGGGACCGGAAGGGCAUGGACCGGGGGCUGUUUCCGAUCUACUACCUGCAUCUGGAGCGGGACUACGGGAAAAAGGUUUUCUGUUUAGCGGGGCGAAAGCGAAAGAAGAGCAAAACGUCCAACUACAUCAUCAGCUGUGAUCCGACGGAUUUGUCCCGGCAGGCGGACGGCUUUGUGGGGAAGCUCCGGUCGAAUGUGUUCGGAACGACGUUCUUCGUGUACGACAGCAACAAGAAGGAAGACCACGCCAACCCGAGGCUAGACCUCGCGGUAGUGAUAUACGAUACCAACAUAUUAGGUUUCAAGGGGCCGCGGAAUAUGACGGUGCUGCUGCCGGGGAUGACCGAGGACGACCAGAGGGUGAAAAUCAGCUCCGCCGAUGGCCAGCUGGGGCUGUUGGACAGUUGGAAGUCGAAGAACAUGGACAAUGUCGUUGAACUGCACAACAAGACGCCCAUCUGGAACGACGAAACGCAAUCGUACGUGCUCAACUUUCACGGCCGGGUCACGCAGGCCUCGGUCAAGAACUUUCAGCUGGUGCACGACUCCGAUCCGGACUACAUCGUGAUGCAGUUCGGCCGGACGUCCGACGACAUCUUCACGAUGGAUUUCCGCUACCCGCUGUGUGCGUUCCAGGCGUUUGCGAUUGCGCUGAGCAGCUUCGACGGGAAGCUGGCGUGCGAGUAAUUGGAGUUGGAUAGUUGGUAGAAUUUUUAGGGGAAGAAGAUUAUAAAAAGUAUAUCGUAACGAAACUUCAUCAGGUAACAAAGUAGUAGCGAGAGUGCAACACUUGAGAAGAAGCCGUUCUCAAUGCUAGCAGUAACAUGCCACGUGGAAUUCGGUGAAGGAGUAUCUCUGAGAGAUACCCGUCUGUAAUUAAAAUAACUGAUAGUAGGAGUGAGGAGAUAAAACUAAACGAAAGUCGACUCAAUUGAUCUAGAUCUAUUAGUGGAAAGGACGCAAAUUGAACAAAUGAAAACAAAACAAAGAUUUCUACUUACGAUUUAGACUUAAGCUAGUUGAACAAUGAAGUGCUUGAAGGAAAAUAAAAAUGAACAAUUAUUAGGUUCAUGCUAGGAAUAGCAUCCAAGUAAAUAUACGCAGGAAACUGUGAAGAGCUUUGAUUAAAAUGUAGUUUAGAGGAUGCAUUACAAGGAAUAUGAGAACAACUAUUUAUUUCUGUUUUAGGCGUGUUGGUUGAUAUGAAAAAGAGGUGAAGCUUGUUGUAGGAGUUCUUCUGCUGCUGUGAUCAAUGUGGACCUUAUGAUUGGAUUCACUUUUGUUUGUUUCAUGCGAAUAUCUGAAAAUGAUAAAAACUGCUUUUAAGGUGAAGGUCAUCUGCGUUUAUUCUAAAAAUACAACGCCUGCCUCUUGACUCGCAUUUUCUCGAGCACAAAUUCGAAGACUUGUCAAACACAUUUGUCUGAAAAUUCUACUUGGUAUUCACGAGUAGCAUUUUCAGAUUAGUCUGCUUUAUGGAUCUCCUGAUGUGUUUUUGAAGGAAGUAGAGAAAAUGAAAGGCGGUCAAUGUGGCGGUCAUCUUUAUACUUCAGAAAUAAGUGCCCUUAUUAGAUAUUUUGAAACAAAUUUGUCCAACGCUUUCAAGCAGUUACCAGUAAAAGAUCACUAAACAUAUGAUUAAGACUAAGAGGGAGCGGGACAUUUGGCAUAAAGUAAUUUAGCAUAAGGUCGUUUGGCAUAAGGUCACUUGGCAUAAAGGAAUUUGGCAUAACGGUAAUUUGACAUAAUGGACAUUUGGCAUUAUUGAAAUAAUAAAAAUUCAUGCAAUGGCAGGCAAAAACCAGCCCUUCAAUUAAUAACUGUGGAAGUGCUCAAAGAACACUAAGUUGAAGCGAGGCGGGCAAAGUCCCAGUGGGGACGUAAAACCAUAAAGAAGAAGAAGGUUUUGAGAACCAUAAUAAAACCUUAAAGUUUUUGUUUUGGUUUUAUGACGGUUCUAAGAACCUCUCUUAGUCCAUUUGACUAAAAAUGUUACUUGGGUUAUUUAUAAAAUACUAGUUGAACAGCUUACAGUGAAAAUUUGAGCAUUUUUAAAACGCUUGACAAAAAAUUACCAAGUUGAAAAUUUCUUAAAAUUGAAAAAAAAAAAUGCCUGUCCCAAUCAUUUUGUCUAUCUCCUGUGGUUCUGACAGAACAUCCGAAUAGAUUUACUGGUGGUAUCACAAUUUCUGGGAUUCCAUUUUAUGAAAUGUUUUUUUCAAUGAACACAACGAAAAAAUCUACAAUGAAAAUUACAUUACGUGAUAUGGUUUAAUGGAAAAUUAUAGAUUUUUUACAAUAUCGUUCUAGACAAUGGAAUUUUUCUGAAUAUGUAUCUACUUAAAUCUUUUUGUUGACCUUUUGGAUUUGUUGGAAACAUUUUACUAGUAUCCAGAAACAGAAACUUUAAAAAAAAGAAACUUCAUGGUAAAUAAUGGAAUGGAACAAUUUCCAGUCUCCAGUUAGCCUAGUGGUUAAGGCUAUGGAUCGCCAAUCCGGAGACGGCGGGCUCGAUUCCCGUUCCAGUCGGGAAAAUUUUCUCGACUCCCUGGGCAUAGUGUAUCAUUGUACUUGCCUCACAAUAUACAAAUUCAUGCAAUGGCAGGCAAAGAAAGCCUUUUAAUUAAUAACUGUGGAAGUGCUCAAAGAACACUAAAUUGAAGCGAGGCAGGCCAAGUCCCAGUGGGAACGUCGAGCCGUAAAGAAGAAGAAGAAGAAGAAUUUCCAAAAAGGCACGUUCCUGUCCUGUGUGAUACUGUUAUUGCUAUAUUUGUUCCCGAGAUUGAUCUGUUUUAGAGGAUUUAUACAAAGAUUGUAGCAUUAUUACUAAACCUGCGAGAAAACAUGUUCUUGUGGAGAAUAUUUCCGCUUCCCGCAAAAUCUUCAUAACGAUAAAUUCAGCCUUUCUGUAAGAAUGACAAUAGACAUCGUAUCGAACGAGAUAUAUUCUAUUGAUGGUCGAAUCAGAAGCACUGAAUAUGUUGCCCUUUACUGGCAUUUGCUAGAUUUGCAGAAAAACUUGUAGUUAGAAUGCACAGAAUGUUGCUUACUGACAAAUUUAAUAAAUCAUAUAAAAAUAAUUAGCUGUCACUUGUAGCUAUUGGGCACAAACUUGGGUUUGUUGUGGAUUGGCAUCGCCGAAAAAGAGAUCGCUUGUGGAAAAGAGUGGUGUGGUCUCGGGUUCAGUUUGGCUCUCUGUUCCGCAGAAUUAUUAUCUGUUCUGUGGCUUAGUUGGUUCAAGCGCCGGUCUAGCGAAUAUGGAGUCGUGAGUUCGAAUCCCGCCAAAACGCAAUUUUAUUUUUUACAAACCCAACCUUCUAACUACAAGUUUUUCUGUAUCGAGUCGGGGGACGUACACUUUAUGGUUCAAUGAUUGUGUAACAGGUCAAACAGUUAUUACCCAAAGACCUGAGGAGUAAUGUCUUUGUAGAAUUUUUUUUAGCAAACUCAAGUCUUUAAAUGUACUAAUAAACAUGUUAGCUGAUUUCUUUUGAAUAUAUUUUUAAAAUGAUUAACUUUUUAGUAGAUUCAAGGGAAUUUUUUGGAGAAAAAACUCGAUAAAAACUACUUGAUUAUUCCAAAAUAUCAUGUAAUAAACUCCAUGUGAAAUCCUACGAUAAAAGUAUUUUAUGUUUCAUUCAGGAAUCAUAUAGUAAUGAUUAGAAAGAAAAUGAAACGAAUAUUCAAGGUAUAGUUUUAUAUUAUAAUCUCUUAAAAAUAACCUCUAGAAUAUCUCGAGUAUUUAUUAAUGACAUCAUAGGAAAAAGUACAAUAGUUUUGAAUCCGGUAAUUUUUUUUUCUAAAUUUAAAGGCAGUCGUUCCAUAUACAUACUCACCAACAUCUCGAUUUCUAUCAAUAUGACGCAAACAUUAUGUUCGCAUUACAAUCAGCUUUCUAUUAAUGCGAAGAGAUUAAAAAUUGGUUAAUAGCAACGCAAGAUAUUUGAAUUUGGUAAAUUUUAUAUUUUUUCAAAAGUGUUCUACUUGAUUUUUAGAUUAAAUCCAAAAACUGUUCUACUGACAACUGUUUAAAGCAUGAUCUCGAAAUCAGCACGUAUGUAAUUUUGUAUGAACAAUUUUGGUCGUUAAUACAUAGAAGUUUAUGACUUUCGUGUUAUAUCGUAAACUUGUUUAAUAGAUGAAAUUCCUAAGGCAACUUAUUCUAGUUUCCCCGGGGUCCUAGUGGAAAUAGUGGAGCAAUACCUAGAUUUCCAGGAGUAAUUUCUGAAGGAAUGUCUAGUAUAAUUCUGAAGUAAUCAUUUGAGAAAAAUUCAAUCAAUAUUUCUUUUAAACUCCUGGAUUCAAGGAGAAGUUACUGGAUGCUUUAUAUCAAUAGAGUGAUUUGUGGGUCAGCCUAUUCAUUGUACCCAUAAACAAAUAGAAUCGCUCCAUAAAAAAUCAAAAAGCACUCCAUAAAGAAUGAACAUAUAUCCCAUUAAAAUGUUUAAUGUUACCCAUAAAUAAUUGAAAACGUUCCAUUCUAUAUGGGAAAUGUACCGGUAAAACAUAAAAUUUUCUCAUUAAAGUGAAAUUUUGCACCAAUAAAUAAUACUGAAAUGCUCCAUAAUAAAAUACAAAUGCUCCAUAGAAAAAUGCAAAUGACCCAUAAAAAAUUAAAAUUGUACCCAUAGAAAAUUGAAUAUUGCUCCAUAGAAAAAAUAAAUUGCACCAUAAAAAAUUGAAAUUGCACCAUAGAAAAUAGAUAAAUUCUCCAUAAGUAUUAUCAAACUGCAUCAUAGAAAAUAUGAAUCGCUCCAUAAAAAAUGGAAAAUCCGCCAUAGAUAGCAUAUUCUCAUAAUUUAAUUCGACAAGGCUAAAUUGCUCUACAUUACACUGCUUUAGUGGUGCAAAUGUUUAAAGUUAUGGAGAGUUUUCAAUUUUUUAUGGAGCAAAUUUUAUUUUAUGUGGUGCAGUUUGAUAAUACUUAUGGAGCAUUUGUCUAUUUUCUAUGGUGCAAUUUCAAUUUUUUAUGGUGCAAUUUAGUUUUUCUAUGGAGCAAUAUUCAAUUUUCUAUGGAUACAAUUUUAAUUUUCGUUUGCUUUUUUCUAUGGAGCAUUUGUAUUUUAUUAUGGAGCAUUUCAGUAUUAUUUAUUGGUGCAAAAUUUCACUUUUAAUGAGAAAGUUUUAUGUUUUACCCGUACAUUUUUAUAAUGUAUGGAACGUUUUUAAUUAUUUACUAGCUGAACCCGGCAAACUUUGUCUUGCCUACUGCGUUUUUGACGUUUCAAGUCCCUAGCCAAGCCCAAAGUCCCCUUUCAAAAUGUAUGAAAACCAGGAUUUUCAAAAACUCUAUUUGCCCAUGUUUUUUGCCUCAUAAACCUUCCUUGGGUGAAAACUAAGAGAACAAAACUUAGACGACUCAAAUCGGACCAUCCGUUCGAAAGUUAAGCGCGGUCCCACGUAUGCCACUGCAUUCUUAUAUAUAUAGAUAGAUGGGUAAUAUGGCACAUUUUCAUGGAACAUAUGUUCAUUCUUUAUGGAGCGCUUUUUGAUUUUCUAUGGAGCAUUUGCAAUAUGUUAUGGUUGCAAUAACCGUUUGCCGGUUUGUGGUUUAUCUGGAGUUUAUUUUUCAUGGAUUUCUGACGAUUAAGUAUCCGGCAGGAUUCGAGUAGAAUGCUAGAGGGAUUCGAACAAAACCCCGCAAGAAUUCGGAUAGAAUCCUGACAUGAUUUGAGCCGAAUUCGACAGGAUUCAAGCAGAAUUGCUAUAAGAUUAGAGUUGAAUCCUAAUAAGUUGUGGCAGGAUUUAAGCAGUAUUCCGGCAGGUGUAGGGCUGGACAUCCGCAGCGGAAAAACUUACCCGAAUCCCAGACCACUGACUAUACGCACCGCCUCCAAAACACACACUACACGUUAAUGCUUAACUACUCAAUUGACACUCCUUACACCCUUAACACAAAUCCUACAAAUGAAUGCUAAUAUGAACCCUACAGUAGGUUCGAGCAGAUUCUCGGCAGAAUUUAAGCAGAAUCUCCGCAGGAUAUGCUCGCAUCAUAUUGAAAUUCUGCUAGAAUCUUUAUUGGGAUGUUGGACUAAUCCUGUCGGAUUUAUUAAAUUUGUUUAUAUUUGUGAAUUUUAACUUAAGGAUAAUUCUUCACACAAAUUCUGUCAAAAUAUUGAAGAAUUUUAUAAAGAUUCUACCUAAACUCUUAUAGGUAUCUGCUCUUAACUUGUCUGACUCUGAUCAAAUCAUUUCAGACAUUUGCACCAACUUGAGCUUGAGCUUGAGCUUGAUUGACCGCCCGUGGAUGCUACUCCAGUAUCGCCAGAUAAGCUACACACAAGGAACCAAUGAGAUUAUCUGCCGGGCACUAGCAGGCAUCUUCAGUGUGUGAGCGUUGGUGAUCUUGUAUGUUUAGGCGAUAAUGGCGCCUGCCACGUCAGAUUGCAGGUCAAUGUGGGGAAGGGAAAGGAAGUGAUGAUUGUAAUCGUUAGUAUCCACAUCAGACCGAAUAUACCUCUGCGUCUGCACAAACUCAUGCGGAUGUCGACUGUUGAUGGGAUAUGGUUGGAAGAAGGUUCCACACAUUAUUGGUGUGUGGAUGCCAGGCGUAAGGUGAUAGAAUCGUAUGUUUAUUAUUCUGAAGAUAUGCGGUACAGUUCGCUUGAUUGCAUAACUCGUAGGCGUUAUCUGAUAUAUUGAAACUAUGCUGUGAACGUUGGAAGGAAGGGAAACGGCUUUUCAACCGUUUCUGGUUCUAGCGAUGGCUAUGAACAUAUGAAUAUACAUGAGUUGUAUUAUAUAGAAAGUAUAGAGAAAGUGGAUAGAAAAAUACAAAGUAGAAGGAAAGGAACGGGCCAGGGAUUGAACCCAGGACCUUCUGCAAAUGAAUCAGAAGCGGUAGCCACUAGACCAUCAAGCCCGUCCAUUUCAGACAUAUGCACCAGCCCUAUAAGAAUUCUGGUCGGAUGCCGUCGGGUUUCUGCUCGAAUCUUGUUGGGAUUCUUUUCAAAUUCAGCCGAAUGCAGCUCGCAUCCUGUCGGAAUUAUGCUCGAAUCCAGUCAGAUUUCUGGUUGUAUGCUGUCGCGAUUCUGCUCAUGUGUCGGAAUUUUGAUCAAACCCUGUCAAGUUUUAUCAGAACUAUCCCUGAAAUAGUUCGCGGUAAAGUUGUUGUGGGAACAUUUCUUUGUUGAAUCCUUGGAGUAAUGCUUAACCCUUAUCACUCACAAUUCACAUGAAUCAGAGAGGACGCGUAUAGUAUGAUAGUACCGAUAGUACGGAGGUCUCAAAAUAGUUUGAAUUAUGAAAGGCGGAAAUCAUCCUACCUUAACCUUUCCCACCCAUGCUUUCUUCCACAACCUGCACAUGUGCAGGCACAGAGCAAGAGUGAUCAUGCCAAAUGGAGUCCUUGCUUGUCCUGAGAUACGAAAGUGGAUCAAUUUGUUGAGAUUCGAACUUCGAUCAUUUGAGGGAUAACCAAGUGCGUUAUAGGUCAUUUUACCCAAUUGAAGUUCAGUCGUUAAGUUUGAACGAGUUGGCUAGAAGUUGGAAAUCUGACGGCGAUGAGGAGAACCUAAAGUGUACAUCAACUGGAGCAUAGUUAAAAUAUUUCGCUGAUUCCAUGAAAUGAUUCACAGUUCACUCUGGUUGGAUGUAAUUUUAUUUUUUGUAAUUUUGAAUUUACUUCACGAAGAGCUGUUAGAAUUACUGGAUUUUACCAUUGUCUUCAUCCAAUGGUUGAAAAACUCACUUUUCCAAAAAAUGGGCUUUGCCGACAAUAUGGGAGUUUGUCAUUAUGAGAUUAUUGUAAAGAAACGACUUUUAAAAUGUUAUUAGACUGUUAGUACAACAGCAAGAAGAAAAAGAGAUUUGCUCUCACACAUUUUAUUGAUAAAAAAUGGGAACUUUGUUUGGAAAGUUAAGCAAGAAAGUUUUACAGCUAGUCAUAGCAUGUGUCUUGUGCCUGGCGAACUUUGAAGCAUUCCUGUCAAGAUAUCAAUCUCUAAUCCAACAUGCAAUCGAACAAUACAUCUCCGGGUGUGCUUUCUAAACUUCUUUGAAUCUCUUUGAUGCCAUUGUUGCGGCUAUCCGCAACUCAUGGCUACCCGUAGAUAACUCAUUCAUACCCAGCCAAAUCUGUCUCGAUGUCAAUCAAUUCAAUUGUUCUGUUAUUAUAAGGAAAUUGAUGAAUUGACGCCACCGCAUUAUAUCGGGGAAAUCAUGUCACAUACGAAACCACAAAACCACUUACUAGACCUUUGAUUCGAUUCUGAGAGGUGAUAUUGUUGUAGCAUUGUAAAUACAUUCAAAACAAUCUUAACACUUCAUGGAAUUGAAUUAACAUUGAUCACAGUGGUAGCAGAAGUAUAGCAUAGGUUAUUGUAAAGUGGCUCAACAAUGGAAAGAUGGACACAUAAAGGAAACAAAAGACAGCAGUCCAAUAGUUUUUUCAUAGAUCUAAAAUAUAAUAAUUCGACAUCAGUAUUAGCGACUGAAAAAAAUUCUAAGAAAAACAAUAAAAUUGCUCAUGUUUUUUGAAACAGGCCUAACGUUUUUUCGCUGAAACAAGUGUACUAAGAGAUUCAUCGCAAACAACCGAAUGAUGAGCUAAAUACUCAAAAACUGCAGUAAAAGAACGCAAAAGAAGAAAAACGUGAUCAAAAACUUAUAUUAGGAAUCGAAAACAUCAAACAAGCUUGCCCAACUUGCAUUAUAAGUUAACGCGCUCGGCCGCAAAAAUUGUAAAACGUGAAUCGUAGAAAUUAGAGGUUCCAUUUCCCGACCAUUUUGGUUGUCCCGGGAUUCGGGAUAAAAUUUGUUGCUUGUCCCGGGAAAUCCCGGGAUCCCGGGAAAUUUUUCAAUGUGCUUCAAAAUACAUUUUUGUGAUCUGGAAUAUGUUUUAUUCAUCAAUUAAAAAAAAAUCAAUGAUUCAAAUCUAGUAAAUGGACUCAUCAAUUUGAAUUCGUUCUCUGAAAAUACGACUUCAAGAAGCAGAAGUUAUUACUGAUUUCAUCGGACAAUGAGGGUCGCUUUUUAGAACAGAUAUUUCCGGAGUUCGAUUUUAAGAUUCGGGCUCAACAUACCAAGUAGCACAAAAAGUGACAGCUCUUCCGCAAUUACUUUCGAAUAAUCAAUCAUUUCCGAAUCAGUCUAAGACGGGUUGACAUAAUUAUUACUUUACAGCCGAUUCCAGUUCUUCACGCAUGCUCGAUGGUGUUAUGCAUACAGGACAAUCCAGCACUCAACUCGGCCGCAUCAUUAUCGGUCCGUCUUUGGCAGUCUCGCAACAAUCGAACUCCCAGGUCUUUGAUGAACUUAAUCAUUUGCGUUUUCGAUGAGCUUUCAAGUUCUGCUGGCACUUGCGUUGACGACGAAAGACCUUUUAAAAAACACACGGACACGUUUAGUACUUCCAGUGAGCUGUUCGCUCUUUGAAGGAAGCACGACACUAGACAUGGACUAGCAUGCAACGCCCAGUGGCACAGCCGAAAAUUUUUCCUGACAGCUGCGGCGGGAAUCGAACCCACGCUCCUUGCACGAUGCGACUAAAUGCUUGGUGACACUAGCCGCACGACCACGAAGCCACCUUGAAGGAACUUUAGCGCUGUUUUUAUUUCCUUUUGGCGCCGUUUGUUGAUUAUUUUCAUGAUUGCAUGGAAGAGGUCGUUACCAACUUUGGAGAUACUUUUCGUAAGCUUUGAAUACAAGAAACUCAGCUGCCUUCCGCAGACAGUAAUAUAGCAUCUCGUCUUCCCAAUGCUACCGAAACAAGUCUGAUUGGCUGAAGAGCUUCCUGAUGGUUUUUUUGCAGCCUCAAAAUCUUUGUCCAACAUAAGUCUGGAAAGGCCUAUUUCGGAAAAUUUCUCUUUGAUGCAAUCAAAACCGUGAAUGAAGUGCUCCAGCAUCGUUUCAGUCGAGUUCUUACGAGUUUCGAUGUCCACACACAGUUGAAGUGGUUUAUGUAACAUUUUCGUGAUGUUUUGUUGAAGGCCAUUUUAGAAAAAAAAAACACGACUCAUCGAAUACGUUUCAGGGACACUCCAAUUUCAAAUCAAAGCGACAAAAUGUGUAAGAAAUGUGUGUCCCGGGAAUCCCGGGAUUUUCGGGACGGUGAAAAAUUUUAUCCCGGGAUUCGGGAAAUCCCGAUUUUUUCAAGAUCCCGGGAUUUUUUGUCCCGGGAUAUCCCGGGUUGGAACCUUUAGUAGAAAUAGUAGUCGAACAUUGUUCAUGUAGAAUAAAAAAAGCAGAGAGUCAACUAAUGCAGUGCUCGAACACAGUCAGAUUAGAUGGGGUAACAUGUACAUCUGUCAUCAUCAAUGUUAAGCUGCGGCAAGGAGAACCGGAGGAGCGAACGCGAAUGGUUGUGUCAUAAUCAAAAGAAACAAAGUAGUACCGUAAAAAAACAAACAAAAUAGUCAGAAAUUGGAAAAGGUAGAAAGCGAAAACUUCAAACAAACAACAUAUAGAAUACCACAACAAGACAACAGAUUUUGUGGUUAACCAUUAGAUGCUAAACUUUUUGUACUUAUUUAUUUGACCGGAAAAUGAUAAUUGAACCUAUAAAAAAGAGUAUGGUUUUGCAGGGAUUGAGGUUGCGGUCAGUCUCGUUUGAGUGCUUUUUCUGGAUUUUACAAUAUAAGGCCAUCGAAUGUGUGGGUCUGAAGGUUUUCAGUUGA